AUGGAAGGUCCACGCGUCGUUUUCCUGGUCGUCUUGCUCUUCUUCAUCUUCCUAACUCCCGAUCAACCCGCCCGACGACAUCUUCAAAUUGACACUGACCGCAUCAAAGAACGGCGCCAGACUGAACUUGAGAUCCUGGUCAAUUCGACAUAUGGCCAAUUCAAUCCCGCGACAAACAAGUGGCUGAAUCUCACCGGAUUCCGUCGCGAGGAUGGGUAUCAGUGGGAGUCGCUCGCCACUGCGCGAGACUUGAGUCGGAAACAGUACGAACACGCCUGGGAGGGGAUCAACCCCCGCGGAGACCUGCCCAUUUAUGAGAAAGUUACAGGGGAGGUUCGAGGAAAAGUCUUUCGGACGGACACCUCAAGCCCACCACCCUCACUCAAUCUGUCCGCAAUAGAUCCGGCGAAGGACUACAUGUCCCUCGGGUUCGAGAGGAAUAUCACCGACAAAGAAGGCGAGCUGAGCUUGUCCAUCUUCGACUCUCCCGACCGAAAUCCCUACACGGCCGCUGCUAUCAAGGCCGAUCUCUCGAUAUGGACCGAUUCAUCUCCAGGAAACGGUUGGCAGGCCAAGGUACAAGGAGUUCAUCUUCCAUCUGGACAAAUCAUCAUGACAACAGCGAGCUCUAAAUUUGACUCGUUGCUUGCGCUCCCGCAAUUUGCGCUCGAUGCUGCAAGUUUCAAUGCUUCCAGAGCCGUCAUGAAUGAAACUGUCCAGAAGAUAUGGGACAGAAGCUUCGAGGAUCAGUCUGAUGGGUUGGCCUUUGCGCCUCAAUGCGAACUGAUUGUUUGGUUGCAGCCAUUGCCGUACUUGUUUGAAGGGAUGAAGCCAACCGAGACCAGACGUUUUCUUCAUCAGGUGGAGCAAGAGUUAGAGCAACCGGAAGGAGCUCCUAUCGGUCCACCACCGCCACUUAGCUUUUCUGCCGUCAUCUUCUCUCCCGACUGUGGCUAUCUGAUGACAUCCGAAGCUGUCUUUGGUCCCAAAGUUGAAGCAUACUGGAGGCUCGCACAGCGCUUACUGUUCUCGUUCACCAUGAUGCUCGGGCUCCAAAUAGCUCUGUUAAAGCGCCAAAUGGAGAAGGCAGCGACACCGUCGACUCGAAGUCGCGUCGCUUACCAGAGCAUCGUUAUUGCUGCGCUGGGGGAUGGCUUACUGCUUUUUGCCCUCGUUGCUCUGCUCAUGAUCGACGAGGCUGCCUUCUUGAUGGUUGCUGCAGCCGCCUUCUUGGCCUGUAUUCAUGUCGCCUUUCUAGAGGUCAAAUUCAUCUUCGAUAUUUGGACGGUGCAGGUCGGCGAUCCCACUCGUGCCGAACAUGAGAGGCAGAGAAGGGCAGCCACAAAUCCAACUAGGGCUCCAGGACCAGCACCCUCGGGACCUCCAGCGAGCACGGCAUUGGAAACGGCUGGUUUACCGCUACCUGCGACCGCACCACGACGUGAUGGCGCUACACCGAUCAUCAUGCCUUCAGACCAGGACACGCCAGGUCCGAUCGAGAUACCAAGCUCGCGCGCUUCGUUUGCAGCCAUUUACAGUCGAUUCUAUUUCUCACUAGUAAUGCUCAUGUUCUUCUCUUUAUGGGCGAUGUCCUGGCCACGAACCCUACGCUCGGCAUACGCCAACUUGCUCGUUUUCGCCUACUUUUCGUUUUGGUGGCCACAAAUUUACCGCAAUACCAUGCGGAACUGCCGUAAGGCGCUAAGCUGGGAAUAUGUCUGUGGAGCGAGCAUCCUCAGGGCCGUACCGGUUCUGUACUGGUAUGUCGCGGACAAGAACAUUCUCUCUAUCGACACCAGCCCGAGCGCAGCUCUGGUUUUGUUAGGUUGGCUGUGGCUUCAAGUCGUCCUUCUUGCCAGUCAACGAUUCCUCGGGCCUCGUCUUCUCGUGCGUGACUCCUGGUGCCCGCCAGCGUACGAUUACCACCCAGUCCUCCGCGAAGAUGAUGUGGAGGCAAACGGAAUGUCUAUUGGGCUUUUGGCGUCGGCCUCGGAAGCGAAAGAUAAGGACGAUAAGACACGCAAAGUCUUCGAUUGUGCUAUCUGCAUGAACGAGAUCGAUGUCCCGGUCGUGUCUAAGGCUGAUGGCUCUCGUGCGGGAGCUGUUGGAAGGACCAGCGGAGCGCCCUGGCUUGAACAGGGCAAUUACAUGGUCACGCCCUGCCGGCACAUUUUCCAUGCAGAAUGCCUAGAAAGUUGGAUGAAUCUGAGGCUGGUUUGCCCGGUGUGUCGGGAAGCCUUGCCUCCGAUCUAG